GUCGUCUUCAACCUCAUCACAGCACCAACCACACCCGACUCCUCCAUCUCCUGCUAAAAUGCGCCAGCCAGCUCGGUAUGACUCACCUCCUCCAAAUCCAAGCCCAGGUCACCGUCUCCCCAAUCCUGAAUUUCGACUCAAACAUCGUCGCCGUCAAGCUUAUCGGUUCUUGCGCCGACCAUGGUAAUGUGCGCCACGCCUCCUUAAUCUUCACCCACUACCUCCAGAACCCAAACAUUUUCUCCUACAAUUCAAUCCUAAAAGCCUUUGCCCAAAACAAUGACUUCAUCCGUACAAUCCAAUACUUCAAUUCCCAAAUCUCAUCACCAAAAGCCCCUGAUCCGGAUGAGUAUACCUUCACUUCUGUCCUCAAAGCCUGUGCUGGCCUAAAGGACGACGUUGAAGGGUCUAAAAUUCACAGUGUUGUUGCUAAAUGUGGGUUUGAAUUUAACCUUUUCGUGAGAAAUUCACUAAUUGAUAUGUAUUUUAAAGUUGGUCACGAAAAAAUAGCAUUUCAACUCUUUGAUGAAAUGUCUAUUAGAGAUGUCGUGUCUUGGAACACAAUGCUUUCUGGGUAUUGUUUGUGUGGUCGUGUGCAUGAGGCUAGAAGGGCAUUUGAAGAGAUGGGAGAGAGAAAUUUGGUUUCUUGGUCGACUCUAAUUAGUGGGUAUGCACGGUUGGGUCUGUUGGAUGAGGCUAAAGGUCUUUUCAAUGCAAUGCCAGAGAGAAAUGUGGUUUCUUGGAAUGCUAUGAUUGCUGGUUACUCGCAACAUGAGAAGUAUAAUGAGGCCAUCGAGGUUUUCAGGCAAAUGCAAAAAAUGGGAGUGAGACUGAAUGAUGUUACUCUUGUGAGUGUAUUGCCGGCUUGUGCCCAUUUGGGUGCACUUGAUUUGGGGAAGUGGAUUGAUAGAUUUAUUAGUAGCAGCAGGAUGGAAUUGGGCUUGUUUUUAGGGAACGCCUUGGCUGACAUGUAUGCAAAGUGUGGGUGUAUAGUGGAAGCUAAAAGGAUUUUUGAAAAAAUGCAAGAUAGGGAUGUUAUAUCAUGGAGUAUACUUGUAACUGGGUUGGCCAUACAUGGUCAUGCAGAUGAAGCUUUUGGGUACUUCUAUGGAAUGCUUGGAUGUGGAGUUCAUCCAAAUGAUGUUACAUUCAUGGGGUUAUUAACAGCAUGUACUCAUACAGGGUUGGUUGGUAAAGGGCUAGAGUAUUUUCAUAUGAUGGAGAAGGAAUAUAAAUUAAGUCCCAAGAUUGAGCACUAUGGGUGUGUGAUUGAUCUUCUAAGUCGAGCAGGUCGCCUUGACAAAGCAGAGGAUAUGAUCAAAUCGAUGCCCAUGAAACCGAAUGUUAUAGUUUGGGGUGCACUGCUUGGUGGUUGUCGGAUUUACAAAGACACUGACAGAGGGGAGCGGGUUGUUCAGCGUAUUCUUGAACUGGAUGCUGAACAUUCCGGCAGCUAUAUAUAUCUCGCCAACCUUUAUGCUUCAAUGGGUAGGUUGGAUGAUGCGGCAAAGUGUAGGUUGAGAAUGCGAGAUAAUGGGGUAAUGAAAACCCCUGGAUGCUCUUGGAUUGAGGUGGAUAACAGAGUGUACGAGUUUUUCAUGGGAGACAAGUCUCACCCUCUAUCCGAAAAGAUAUACAUAAUGAUCAGAGAGCUAGGAUUGAAAAUGAAGCUAGCCGGGUAUAAACCAAAGACAGACCUAGUAGUGCACAAUGUAGACGAGGAAGAGAAAGAGGAUGCUUUAUCCACACACAGUGAGAAGUUGGCAAUUGCAUUUGGUCUCAUUAGUACUAGUGAAGGAACCACGAUUCGUGUUGUUAAGAAUCUGAGAAUUUGUGAUGACUGUCAUGAUGCAAUAAAGAUAAUUUCCGGUAUCAUUCACCGAGAGAUUAUUGUGCGUGACCGGAGUCGCUUCCAUCAUUUUAAACAUGGAAGAUGCUCUUGUAAUGAUUAUUGGUAGCAAGUGCUUUAAAACGGAAAUGGGUGGAUGGGGGACAUGAAUUCAGACGAGGUGGUUGUUCUGUCAACUCAUCUACAUGGAUGAGAACUUUCGCUCAUCUGUCUCUCUAGAAAUCAAGGAUAUCAUGGAAGGAUCUGAAUUAUAGUCUCUGUUGUUCCUGUCAAAAAAUGAGGCAAUCGGCGUUUUGGGAUCCUAUGGCAGCGGAAUUCUAAAUGGAUCACUCAUUAAGUUUUUUCUCUGCCCUUUAGGUCAUGAAGUUCAAUUGCAUAUGUGGAGGAGCAGGAUGAACGACCAUCUUCCUCAGUUUCUCAGAAUAUUUGGAUCUUGCCAUGAUUGAUAUAGCCUCAUAAGGUAUGAAUAGGAUUGGAAGUUUUAAGGAACAAUACUAUAAAUAGGUUAUUUAGUGUAUCCUCCGCUUGGAAGGUCAUCAGGAAGAGGGGGAACCUAUAUGCCCUUAGGUGAAGCUCUUCUGGUUUCUAUAGCUAGCUCCUAGCUGGUAUUGAUUAACGGGAAUCAAACUAGGAAAUGACCCUUUAACUAGGCUGGCAUUGAGGGAAGCUCUCACUACUAGUGUCAAUGUGCAUAGAGAGGUCGUAGCUCAUCAUCCUCCGGUUUUCCAAAGUCGAUAGAAGAAUUUGACCAUUGUGUGUUGGACGAGCUUAACUUAUACAUUUAGCCGGCAAUGCUUUGGACAUCCUGGGGCCAAAGGCUACUUGCCAACGCAUCCGCAAAGUAGCUUGGCUGCAUAGUAAUCGCAAGCACCAACAAGCUUUUAGUCCAAUGAUGCUCCAUGUUUUGUGAAAGUUUUGUUAUAUUGAGAUCAAAAGUUCAAGUUCCUUCCCUUUCCCCCAAAAAAUAAAAAAAAAUAAAGAGAAAUUGAAAGGGCGGGUAUUCAUGCAACUGCAAAGAGGAACGAUGAAAUUCUGAGCAAACAUGACACUGUUCAAUACAGAACAUAUGAUGAAAGGAACAGUUUGAUUCUUUUGUGGUGACAGAUGCAUCUGGCUUGUUUAAACGUUCGUUCUCCUAUAUUGUUGCCCUCUGCUUACCCUUUAUACUGUGUUAAGCGAUUUUCUUUCACUGCAACAACAAUCUGUGGUUUCUGGGCUGUGG